AUGGCACGAGUUCCGUUAAUCGGAAGACUGUUCUGGUAUGAGUACCUGGCUCUCUUCGGGUCUUUGAUUCUUGUCCUGCUUGAGACAAUCAUUCACUUAAUUACAUGGUGCCUUCCAAACCCUAUCAUUAAAUUUUGCUAUGGCCAAUCCAAAGCACUUUUCAACCUUUUGAUCCCUAAUGAAUCCCGUCCCAAGCGUACAAAAGAGGAAAUAUUUGCCAGCUCUGUUGCAGACGCAUCUGAUUUCACCGAGAUAUGUGCUCUCUUUGGGUAUCAAGCCGAGGAACACAUCGUACAAACAAACGAUGGAUACCUUCUUGGACUUCAUCGGCUGGCAUAUCGAAAAGGAGAAGAAAACAUGCGUGUCAAUCAUGGUCCCAGUGGGAUUCGGAAAAAGGUUGUCUACCUCCACCACGGCCUACUCAUGUCAAGUGAGGUGUGGGUAGCCUUGACAGACGAGCAGCGGUGCCUGCCCUUCCAGCUGGUAGAAAAGGGAUACGAUGUAUGGCUGGGGAACAACCGUGGAAACAAAUACUCUAAGAAGUCGAUCCGAUUCUCGCCUGGUUCGAAUGAAUUUUGGGACUUCUCUAUUGAUCAGUUCGCCUUCUCUGAUAUCCCCAACAGCAUCGAGUACAUCCUCGAGGUAACAGAUCAGCCAUCGUUGUCUUACAUUGGAUUCUCCCAGGGAACAGCGCAGGCAUUCGCUACACUCGCUAUUCAUCCAUUGCUCAACCAGAAGAUUGAUGUGUUUGUGGCACUUGCACCCGCCAUGGCUCCUUCGGGCCUCCGCAAUCGCAUUGUUGAUUCACUGAUGAAAGCCUCUCCGGACUUUUUGUUCCUAUUGUUUGGUCGACGCAGCAUCCUGUCGUCGACGACCAUGUGGCAGACGAUACUCUACCCGCCAAUCUUUGUGCGCAUCAUCGACACAGCACUCAGAGCCCUCUUCAACUGGAAGUGUCGCAACAUCAGUCAAACACAAAAGCUUGCUGCUUAUUUGCAUCUUUAUUCCUUCACCAGCACCAAGUCUGUCGUGCAUUGGUUCCAAAUCAUUCGGAAUAAGAGUUUCCAGUUCUACGAUGAUGAAAUCUACGCGCCCUUCAGCAUGACUGCCAGCGAGCGCUUUUACAAACCGGUCAAAUACCCUACUCGCAACAUCAAGACUCCCAUUGUCCUCCUGUACGGCGACAGCGACAGUCUCGUUGAUAUCGGAGUGAUGCUGAAGGGGUUGCCGCACGACACUGUGGCCCAGGCGAUUCCAACCUACGAGCAUCUAGACUUUUUGUGGGCCUCCGAUGUUGACCGCCAAGUGUUCGGCUAUGUGUUCAAUGCGCUGGAAACCUAUAGCCGGGGUGGCCCGUCGGCUGGCAGCAGUACAGGGUCUGAGAAACACGGACUUUUAACCGACGGCCGUGUUUCCAAUACCAAGGCUGCCCGAAAAUCCUCCGUCUUCCCCAAUGAUAUCGCCUUCGGGGCCAGUCCCUGA